UCUUCCUCUUUGGCCAGUCUUCAUGGUAGGGGUUUAUGCUUUAUCUUCUCGCAGCAUUUUCCUUACGAGUUCUCAAAUGAAAAUGGCUCUCCUUCAGCACGUGUGCACAGCCCCAUUGUCACGUGCCUUCCGUGUCCGUGCUUUCGCCGUCGCUUCCACCGCCGUCACCGGUCCGGUCUCCGUUCCUUCUCUCAAAAAGGCCUCUAAGUCUCAACCGGACUCGCGAGUUCUCCUCGGCAUGUCAGAGCAGGAGCUUCAACAGCUCGCUCUCGACUUGGGUCAGCAAAGUUAUAGAGGGAAGCAAUUGCAUCAUAUACUGUAUAAGAGGAAGGUGAAGGAAAUACAGGAUUUUAUUCAGUUGCCACUGGCAUUCAGAAGUGAACUAGAAGAGGCUGGCUGGAAGGUUGGAAGAUUACCAAUUCACAAGUCCGUCACGGCAGCUGAUGGAACUGUUAAGUUGUUGAUAAAAUUGGAAGACAAUCUACUAGUGGAGACAGUGGGCAUACCAGUUGCAGAUGAUAACGGUUCAUUUCGCUUGACAGCAUGUGUCUCAUCUCAGGUGGGAUGCCCAUUGCGCUGCUCCUUCUGUGCCACAGGAAAGGGAGGAUUCUCAAGGAACCUUAGAAGACACGAGAUAGUUGAACAGGUCUUAGCAAUAGAAGAGGUCUUCAAGCAUAGAGUUACAAAUGUUGUGUUUAUGGGCAUGGGUGAGCCAAUGAUGAAUUUGAAAGAAGUUCUUGAAGCACACCGUUGCCUGAAUAAGGAUGUCCAAAUUGGGCAAAGGAUGAUAACAAUUUCGACUGUUGGAGUUCCAAACACAAUAAAAAAGCUGGCUUCUCACAAACUUCAGUCUACAUUGGCUCUCAGCUUACAUGCUCCAAAUCAGAAACUUCGUGAAAUGAUUGUUCCAAGUGCAAAGGUCUAUCCCUUGGAUGCAAUUAUGAAGGAUUGUAGGGACUAUUUCCUAGAAACUAGUCGACGGGUCUCCUUUGAGUAUACACUUUUAGCUGGAGUAAAUGAUGCAGUUGAACAGGCAAUUGAACUAGCAGAACUACUUCAUAAGUGGGGUCGAGGUCAUCAUGUGAACUUAAUACCUUUCAAUCCAAUAGAGGGCUCUGAAUAUAGGCGUCCAUAUAAAAAAUCAGUUCUUGCAUUUGUAGCUGCUCUAGAGUCCCGUAAAAUAACUGUCAGCGUACGCCAAACACGAGGACUUGAUGCAAGCGCAGCUUGUGGACAGCUGAGAAACGAAUUCCAGAAAAAUCCUUUGCUCGUUGUUCCUGAGAACCAGCAGUCUCAUUCAGAAGUUGCAAUUGCUUCUUGAAACGGUGAACAUUAAGCUUACUCUCAAUGCCUGCUAUGUUAUAUAAUUUGGCAUAUCAUAUAUUCAUAUCGCAGCUCCCCAUAGUUUCACCACACAUUCGAGCUCUCUCUCAGAAUCAUGAUACCCCCCACCCCCCCCCAACCCCCAAUUUGAAGUGUCGAAUGUGGCUGAAUAACGAAGAAUGCUCGCUGAAGAAGCCUGUGCUGCAUUGCUAUCAUGAAUGGGAUACUUUAAUCUGAAAAUGAUGCAUCAAUCUGUUGUUCUGUUUGCUGUUUGGCGUCACAAAAUGCUUUUGAUGAGGGGCGUAUCAAGCCAACUGAGUUUUGGAAUUAGAGGUUUACUGAUGUACAUAGUUGCCUUUGCCUGGACUAAUAUUAUUGCCUUCUGGAGGGGAAGGUCUAGGGUGUAAUGUGCUGACUCAUAUUUGAUAAUACACAUAAUUUGAUGUAAUGUACCCCAAAAAAAAAAAAAAAAAAGGGAGAAAAAGGGUUUGGUCAAAUUUAACUUUUUAUUUUUUAUGAGGUGGUGCUUCAUUAGUGUAUAUCAAAUAUUUUCUUUUUUA